CGCAAAAUGGCUGACACCCAGGCAGGGUGGGCGAUAGUUUACCUUCAAGGGCUUUUCACAGUCUUGAACUUGUUCCAGCAAGAUUUACUUCCAAGAACAUGUAGUCUAUGUUGUCGAUGCCGGAAGAGUCUCUAGUUGCUUUAGAUGGACACCAAAGGCGCCAUUUUGUCCCUGCUCAUCGUCCUGAUCAUUUCAGAUCACGUGACUGUGCGGGGCGAGGAAGGGGUUUGCGACAACGAGCCUUGCCUAAAUGGGGGACAGUGCAUUGACCUUAGUAGCCCUGGCGGUCCACAAGAGUUCAAAUGUUCGUGUCGCGAAGGAUUUAAAGGUUUGACCUGUCAGAAGCGAAUAGAGCCGUGUGCUGAUGAGCCGUGUGCUAACGGCGGCUCGUGUGUUCCCAAUGGCGAGCACUACCAUUGUGUGUGUACUGAUGGCUAUGAAGGGAAAAAUUGUGAUACGGCUAAAAAGGCCGGUGAAACGUGUGGGGACAAACCCUGCGGCGACAACGGCGUGUGUGAGAUGGUCAAUGCUGACUUUAUUUGUGAGUGUUACCCCGGGUAUGAGGGGCCUAGGUGCGAGACGGCCGUGGCAGAGAAUAAACCGGAACCGAUCGUCGUGGCAGCCAAGACAGAGGAGGAGGAGGAGAGGGAGGAGGAGCAGGAGAAGACGGAGUGGGACAUCCGCAACAUGCUCAUCACCCUCUCUGUCGUCAUCUUCUUCGUCCUGCUCGUCCUGCUCUUCUUGUGCAUUCACUGCUCCCGUGUGUACAAGCGUCGGUCUGAGGCGCAGUCACUCAGGUCACAGAGAAAAGCUGCAGGAAUGGUAGCACCCAAGGUUCCAGGUUGGGUAGAAACAAGCAACAAACUCUGCAAUGACUUCUUCUGCUACCUGUGUUCAGCUCCAAAGAAAGAUAAGCAGCCUGAGUUAGACGAGCUGAUGUACGGGAUCGACCCCGACCAGUACUACAUAGACCCGGGCUAUGGCGACGAGUUCUACGCCUAUGAGGACCCAGGGGACGUCUUGUACCAGGCGGAUGUCGGCUCCCCCAACCAGAACGCCAACAAACGGAGAAGCCGGGAGAACCUCAACAGAUCUUCCUCUGUGGCGCCCUGCGGCCGUCGCUACCAAGAGCCACCCCGCUCCCACAAGUUGCUGGACAAGACGUUCACCUACAAGAAGCGGUACAGGCCGCCCAAGUUAACCCCGCCUUUUCAAAUCACGCCCAAACCGAAUCGCUCACGACGCGGCCAGCUGGAGGGUUUCAAACUCAUGACGCCAGUUCAGAGACAAGGGAGAGGCCCACGCGACGCCGUCAAGUACAAGAUCACUCCGCCCUUCAGCGGGCACAGGCGCCAGAAGGGACGUCUGGUUUCUGCUCGGCAAAUUGGCGGCUACAGUCGGGAAUUCCCCUUCCGGCCGACAAGACCGGUGUGGAGGAUCUCGGAGAAGCAGCGCCGGAUGGACGACCUGGAGUUUGACGAUGACGAGGGAGAUGAAGACGACUCGUCCAGCACGGAAGGAACCACGCGAGAUUCCAGCGAUAACGACACACGCAGGGGGUAUGACGACGACGGUUAUGUGUCCACCAGUAAACUUUCAGAGAGUGAUGCCGGGGGUCGGGGUCGUGACCCCCAGAGCAUGCAGAUGUACGCGGAGAACGCGUCCAGGAUGUACGGGCAGGGCGAGCUGCAGAAGCAGCCGGCGGCCGUGUGGCUGGACCCGAGCCAGGAAGAAGAGCUGAACCUCGGGGGGUCGCCCGCACCCCAGGGCGCCUACAUGAGUGAGCCCAACAUGUACCCGAGGCGACCGCCGCCCGACCCGAGGCUCCUGAACCCCAACACCCGAGUCAAGAGCAUCCUCAAGAACUCCAACACCUCCCGGGGCGGGGCCAUCAUCCACGUCCGGCCCCUCAUAACGCCGGACGGGCGAAGAAAACCCCACAUCUUCCGCGAGUACAACCCGGCGGACCCGUUCAACCCCAUGCCCGCCCCGCGCCAGGGGUAUGUUGACAACAGCAGUCGGGGGUUCGUCCCGACCAAUCAGUACACGUCUUUCCAGCCCAGUCGGCCAUGCUACGACCAAGGGAGUUCGGGGUGCCGGUCGCCCCACCCCCCGUUAUACCCACCCCCGGUGUACGAGCACAUCAACCACGGCUGACUCCGGCCCUCAGAGGUUCUUGUGGAUGUUCAAAUCACGUGAUGUCGACGUUUGUGCUCAAGUGGUAGCACUACACGCUUGGGGACAAAUACCAGAGGCACACAAGCUGUCGGAUAAACAGAGGCUCACCACUAAGACAUUAUCCGACAUUGAAAGAGAUUCGUCGCCAGCCAGUAUGUGAUGGUGCCAGAGGUGACGCCACCAACAGCGACGUGGGGAUAACCCCAGCACAAAGCUCGGCACAAAGCAAGGAUGUGCCCACACGUGCCUGAAGUUGAGCUACAGCUUCUACAGGAGCUAGUCGCGUUCAACCAUCAGCUAGCUGCCUUCAACAAUGAGCUAUCUGCCUUCAACCAUGAGCUAGCUGCCUUCAACCAUCAGCUAGCUGCCUUCAACAAUCAGCUAGCUGCCUAAAACCAUGAGCUAGCUGUCUUCAACCAUCAGCUAGCUGCCUUCAACCAUGAGCUAGCUGUCUUCAACCAUCAGCUAGCUGCCUUCAACCAUCAGCUAGCUGCCUUCAACCAUCAGCUA